AUCCUCACUCUCUCUCUCUCCCUCUCUCCGUCUUCAAUUCUCUCUCUCUAACAGUGGUUGGGUUGGGAAAUCUCUGCUCACGCUCCCCGCAUUUCCCCAGCCCAGCUCACCAUUGCUAACUAAAUUAAAUAUUGGAUCAGCACCGAAAUUGAGCUGUGCUCUUCCUCUUCCCUCUCCUUUCCUUCUUGGAUCUGCCGAGCCUCAUUUGGAAAUUCCUUUUUACAGCUAUGCGGUUAUCCAUGCUGUUUCCGCGCAACUUGAGUUACGCUGCCGAGAUUCGAAGAAAAGCCUCUGGUUUGGGGUUUCAACCUCGCCAUUCUCGCUGAAUCCACUUGCCCAAGGUUGGGCUGUGUUGCAUCUGCACUUCCAGGAAAAUCGGAUAUCGACAUGAAACCGAGCUGGAUCGGCGCCAUUAUUUUUUCCUUCGUCGUCAUUGCAUGUCUUCUUCCUCAGGCUCUCUGUGAUUUGAACUCAGACAAACAAGCCCUACUGUCAUUCGCGGCUGCCAUCCACCAUGGCCGGAAGCUCAACUGGAACUCGGCGACCCCUGUCUGCACUUCCUGGAUCGGCAUAAACUGUACUGACAAUGGUAAACAUGUGAUUGGUGUGCGGCUUCCCGGGAUCGGACUCGUUGGCUCGAUUCCUCAGAACACUCUCGGAUUGCUCGACUCUUUGAUGGUUCUUAGCCUCCGAGCCAAUCUCCUCAGCGGUAACUUGCCUCCGGAUGUUCUAUCCCUACCGUCACUCCGCUACCUUUUUCUGCAGCGCAACAACUUUUCCGGCGACAUCCCUGUGUCUCUGUCGCCACAGCUCGCUGUUCUUGAUCUCUCGGAUAAUUCGCUGACCGGAUCCAUUCCGCUAACGAUAUGGAACUUGACGCAGCUCACUGCAUUGACGCUCAACAACAAUUCGCUUUCCGGAUCGAUUCCCGACUUAGGUGUCACGAGCAUCAGACGAUUCAACGUCAGCUACAACCGUCUUAACGGCACUAUCCCCGCGACUCUCCGGAAGUUCCCCGGCUCAUCGUUCACCGGAAAUCUUCUCUGUGGCCAGCCUCUGACUCCUUGUUCGGGUGCCAUCAGUCCUUCCCCUUCUCCCAGUCCUGUCGUCCCUCCGUCGACGGCGCCGAAGACAGAAAGCUCGAAAAAGAAACUAUCUUUGGGCGCCAUCAUUGCCAUUGCAGUCGGAGGCGCCGUGCUGCUAUUUCUCCUACUUCUAAUACUGAUCUUAUGCUGCUAUAAGAAACGAGCGAGCGACGACGGAGUCGCUGCUGCGCCGAAAUCCAAGCCGUCUGUUGUCGGGAGAACGGAGAAGCCCGGGAAAGAGUUCGGGAGCGGAGUGCAAGAGCCUGAUAAAAACAAGCUCGUUUUCUUCGAAGGAAGUUCUUACAACUUCGAUCUCGAGGAUCUACUUAGAGCCUCCGCCGAGGUGUUAGGAAAAGGCAGCUUCGGGACGGGGUACAAGGCUGUCUUGGAGGAGUCGACAACGGUUGUCGUGAAAAGGCUGAAGGAGGUUAUCGUUGGGAAGAAAGAAUUCGAGCAGCAAAUGGAAGUCGUCGGUAGAGUCGGACGGCACCCGAAUGUCGUACCGUUACGCGCUUAUUACUACUCCAAGGACGAAAAGCUCCUCGUCUACGAUUACUACCCGAACGGAAGCUUAGCCGCCAUGUUGCACGGAAACAAGGCGUCGUCGGGAAGACCGUCUCUCGAUUGGGAAUCGAGAGUCAAAAUCUCGCUCGCUGCCGCCAGAGGGAUCGCGCAUCUCCACUCGACGGGGGGGCCGAGAUUCUCGCACGGAAACAUCAAGUCGUCGAACGUCCUCCUCAGCCAAGAAUUCGACGCGCGUGUAUCCGACUACGGCCUGGCAGCUCUGAUGAACUAUCCGGCGACGUCGCGGCAUGUGGGGUACCGGGCGCCGGAGGUGAUCGAGACUAAGAAACAUACGCAGAAAUCGGACGUGUACAGCUUCGGGGUGAUGCUGCUGGAGAUGCUGACAGGGAAGCAGCCGAUCCAGUCGCCGGGGCGCGACGAGAUCGUGGAUCUGCCGAGAUGGGUGCAGUCGGUGGUGCGGGAGGAGUGGACGGCUGAGGUGUUCGACGUGGAGCUGAUGAGAUUCCAGAACAUCGAGGAGGAGAUGGUGCAGAUGCUGCAGAUAGGGAUGGCGUGCGUCGCGAAGGUUCCGGACGUCCGGCCGAGCAUGGAGGACGUGGUUCGGAUGAUCGAGGAGGUCCGGCAGUCGGACUCGGAGAACCGGCCGUCGUCGGAGGAGAACAACAACAAGUCGACGACGACGCCUUGAUCUUGAUCUGAUCUGAAAGGUAAAAUUGUUAAGAUUAUGAUUAUGGUUAUGAUUCUUGUUCCAAUUGGAUUUUUCUUCUUCUUCUUCUUCUUCAUUGUUAAUUAGUUACAUGUCUAAAUGUUGUGUAGAUUUAUUUGGUGUGUGUUGGAGAUGAGAUGGGCUUUUUUUAGGUUGUUAAUGUUAUGUGAUGAUGGAUAUGGAUGUGUUGAUUGAUUGAUUUAUUUGUGACUUUAGGUUUGUGCCUUUGUUUCUGUAAUUUGUUACCCUAAACCAAUCUCUAAUUUGUAUCUUCCAUUAUCGGCUUAGUUUGCAGAA